CGUAGUUCGGCGUGUAAAUCUAAAUGUAAAUAUCGCCCCGUCUGCGGCGACACAGUGUUAUAAUAAUUUGAGAGUUCGCAUUUAAAAGAAAUUCUAAAAAUAUUUCUAACGCCAAGUUAGUGUUGACUGUAAUAAUUCGCGUGUGCCUUGGCGACAAUAGCGCGCAGUAGUAGCAGCAGCAACAAGCGACGGCCAGUGCUCGCGAUAGUGCUAAACGUGAAUGCAAGGCUAAUGCAAACAAUUGAAUAAGCGCUGCCGACUGCUGCCCGCUGCCGCCGCUGUCUGCCUACCGUUGCCUGCUGUAGGGAGCCACUCGACUGCAGUGCAUGGCCGUGCUCCGUGCUGGCCAAAUACAAAUCGAAGCUAGUGAAUAGUGCACGCGGCUGCAGUUGCUCACGUUAAUUGCAACCAGCUGGUGACGGUGGCCGUAGAUACCGUCGCCUGUUGUUCAUCGCCGUUGUUGCCGUUGCCGUUGCCGUUGCCGACGUGGGGCUGGGAGCUCCGCCAUCGCUUUGAUCGUGAUCGUACGUGUCUGUGUUUGCGCUAUUCGUGAGUGCGUGUGUGUGUGUGUGCGCGUUUAUGCAGAGACCACCGCAGUGACCAUGAAGCGACGCAUUGCUCUCAAUUCAUUGGAUGUUUACAAUAAAUACCUAAAAAUGUUUCAAUUGUACAAUUGCAAAGCGAAAUAAAGCGAAAGUCGACAGCAUGACAAAAACAGCAGCAGCAAAAACAAAACCAACAGCGACGACAGCAACAGAAACAACAACAACCCGCUCUAAUUUUCUCUGACAACAAAAACAACAGCUAGAAAACAGCUGAGAAUACAUAGAAAAGCCCCCCGAGCAGCCGUCGUGCAUUAAGUCGAUCAGCCAUUUGUGCUCUUAAGCUUUUAAAGCUAAAAUAAAGUGAGCAAAGAAAUCAGCGAAGCAGCCAAAUCAAAAGAAAGCCAAAAGCUAAAUAAAAAGCUAAAAGUAAUUUUAGAGCUAAAAAGCCACACCAAGUGCCUCACUCUCUCUCUAUCACGUUAUCUGUCUAUCUCCCUCUCGUGCUCCUAAUGUGUUUAAGUGAAUUUAAGCCGCUCUUUGACGUCACUUGUCGGUGUUGUUGGCGGCGCCGUCUCUGCCUCUGCCUCUGCCCGCGCCUGUGCCUGUGCCUGUGCCUCUGUGUCUCACCUUGCGCCUGUCCCGCCGUCCUAGCAGGCCGCCGCCACUUUUAAUCGCAUCGCGCGCAUCUUUCCCAAAUGCGUUUCGUGUCGGUUUUUGUUGUUCUUGUUUUACUCUCGUCUCAUUGCCCCCAAGACGCGUGACUUGGGCUUUUAAGCUUACGAGCUCACAUGUACAUAUGCAACUGCAUGUGUGUGUAUGUGUGUGUGUGCGUCUGUGUCUGUGGAGCAGCAGCAGCAUUUAAUUGGAUCUGGAUCUGGAUUAUUCAUUUGCACACAGCUGAAUAUUAUGGAAAAGGCGAAAGCGUACAUUAAAAAUGAACUUCGUGGCAGCAGCGCACCACUGCAAUCCGAGCCAACCGCAACACCACCACCACCACCGAUGCCGCCGGGGCAGAGUCAGCACGCGGUCGGCGCGGAGCUGAUGCCAUCGCCGCUUGGUGGCUAUCACAAUAAUAUGCAGCAAUAUUAUCCAGCGCCGGUCCGGUCCACGGGCCGUGCCUCGGCGCCGCCGGAGCACCUGACCGCCUCCGUUUGCUUUGUGUGCGGCGGACACGGCAGCUACGAGGCACUGCGCGUGCGCGCCAAUCCGGAGCGGCCGAGCGAGCCGCACUUUCCGUUCCUGGAGCGGCACGAGCCGCCGCAGGGUGUACCGCCCGUGGCAGCCGGCCAGAUGUACGUGAUGGCCUGCAUGCUGUGCUUCCGGCUGCUGCACGAGCAAUGGGAGGCGUUCGAGAGGCAGAAGAAGCCGCUGCUGCAGCGCAUUUAUCACAUGAAGCGCGUGGAUGGCAAGGGCUACAUUGGCGCCGAUGUGGCCACGCAGAGUGAGUAUGCGGCCCAAAUGCUGGGCCUCAGCGCCGAGCACCUCAGCCAGAACGGGCUUGCCGAGCUGCAGAAUGCGGCGGCAGCGCCUCCAAUGGAUCCGUAUGCCCUGGGCAGGCAUUAUGCUGCUGUGGGGGCGCCGCCGGCUGUGUCGCCGCAGCAGCAGCAGCAGCAGCUGCAGCUGCAGCAACCACACCAUAGUACCUCAAGGAACGCCUCGCCCGACUAUUAUCCUCGCAACGCCACGCCCACUAGCCACAGUCAGGGCUACAGCAAUCACAAAUACCUGAGCCGGCCGCAGUCGCGAGAUAUGCAGCUGCCAUCGCCGCUGUCGCGGCCGCCCAGCGAGCCGCCCGCUCGCACCUCGGCCGGCUCCAGCUCCAACUUUGCGCAGCACAAGUUCAAGCUGGCCCAGCACAACUAUCAGCCGCCAGCGCCGCCCCAGGCGCCGGCGCAGUACCAGCCCGCCCAGUACCAGCAGCUGCAGCAGCAGACGGCCGCCUAUCACAUGCUGCAGCAGGUGGCCGCCGGCUCGGCUGAGCCCCAGGCCCAUUACAAGGGCAAUCCGUAUAGCGCGCUGCCCGGCGUGGGGUCGAGCCUGCCGCUGAGCGCGCAGCCGCCCAGCCUGGAGGAUGACAACGCCACGGUGCUGGAUUUGCGCAAUUCAUCAGCGGUAAAUGCCGCGCCUGCCGCAAUGCCCAUGCCUGUGGUCACGCCCACGCCGCGCAGUCAGACGGGCAAUGCAUCCGCAACCACUGCCGAGGUGGGCAUCCUGGAUCUGUCCAUGCCCGACAAGAACUCCAUUACGGAAGUCUGCUAUGUGUGCGGCGAUGAGCAGCGUCGCGGCAGCCUCGUCGAGCUGAGCACCGUCAAGCCAAAGGAGUCCCGGCUGGGCCAGUCGGUUGCCUACUUUCCGCUCUUCAACGAACAGCAUCCGCGGCCAGCGCGCUCGCGCCCCAAGGAUCCGCGCGGCAUGAUUCAGGCCUGCAUGCCCUGCUACGAGGAUCUCAUACAGCAAUGGAAUGCACAUCAGGCUGCUCACACGCCGGAGUCGCAACGGUCGUAUAUGCUGCGCAAGCGCUCGACGCCGGCGCCAGUGACGGAGCGGACGACCUUCGUGUGCUACACCUGCGGCACGGAUACGCCCUCCUCGCAGCUGCGCCUGGUCUACUGCUGUCCCAACACGGAACGCGAGCCCUACUAUCCGUUCAUCAAGACAAUGAAGCCCUUCAAAAACGCUAGUCCCAUCAGUCCGCAGGGCAUGGUGCAGAUCUGCGCCGGCUGCUGCGAGAAGCACAGCAGCCAGGCCGAGGGCGGCCCCCCGGUACCUGCUGCCACCUCGGAGUCCGGAGCAGCGCAGUCCCUGGAGUCCGGCUCGGCCAUGUACAGCGCCAGCGGCGCCAUCGCCGGCAAUCAUGUGACGGCGUUUGUGGGUCGCAAUUCGCCCUCGGAGAAGUCGCUCGCCAAUUCGGAUUCAACGAGCAAUGUGCGCUUCAAGCCGUACGAGACCUGCUCGAACAACUCGAACUCGAAUACGGCGCGCGACUUCAAGCAGAUCCGGCGCAACGACUCCAGGCCCAGUUCGCCCAGCUCAACCCAAGGACAUAUCGAGAAUGGCCACGCCCAGUAUCCCUGCUCCAUUUGCAAAGUUCUCUGGCCGUCCAAUAAAAUGGAUUGGCUUUAUACUAGCGCCGAGCACAUGAACUCGCAUGCCAUGCACUUUCCCUGUCUCAAGGGCAAUGUCAGCAGCAGUAGCAAUGGUCUUAGCAACAACAACAACAACAACAAUAAUAACAACAACAACAAUAACAACGAACUGAACAACAAUCGUGUGCUAGCCUGCAAGGAUUGCAUCAACUACUUAACCAGCCAGUGGGAAUCAAUGGAUGCAGAGCGUGUGCCAUUGGAGCACAGAAGAUACAAAAUACCCUCGCCCAUGCUGAGCUCCAGUUCGCCGAAUGGAUCUCGCCACGGCGCCAUGAGCACCUGCACGCCGCCCUCAACACCCUCGGUCUCCUCGUCAACGCCAGCCAGCACCUCAAUCUACUGUUUCCUCUGUGGCCUGCACUCGGAUCUAACACUAGCCAGAGUUCUAUACGGCAGCAAAGAGGGCUCAAGACCUUACUUUCCAUUGUUGCUGAAGCACAAUUCUUUGCCAAAUGCUGAGCAGCUGAGAAACAAUUCAGCUCUAGUCUGCACAUUUUGCUAUCAUUCCAUGCUGAAUCAGUGGCGCAAAUAUGAAGCUCAAAGUCCCAGCGUAAAUCCAGCGGAUAGAAAGUACAAUUGGCACGAUUACAAUUGCCAUUUGUGCGGCAUUACGACUUAUAGAAAGCGAGUGAGAGCGCUGCCUGUCAACGAGUUUCCCUUCGUCAAGCAUCAGAAGAGCGACGAUGGACUUUUGCUGGAGAAUGGAGAGUAUGCCGUGGUAUGCCUGGACUGCUAUGAGAGCUUAAGGCAACAGGCGUCGCAGCAUGAUCGCUUCGGGGUGCCCAUCUCUAGGCGGGCCUACAACUGGGUGCCCCAGCCGCCGCCACCGGAGGACAGUCCGGAUGUCUCAGUGGCUCGUCUGCCCUGCGGCGAACGCUCUGAUCGCGCCCUUAUGAGUAACGCUCUGAGGCCCAUUCCAAGCAAGAAGACAACGUCGCCAAAGCAAUACGAAAAGUCUAAAGAAGUGCCGCCCAAGGCUGGACAGAAGCGACCGGCCACCAGCCCGGCGCCGCACAUACCCGUGCCGCAUCAUCUGCAGACACCGCCGAACGCGGGCAGCGUGCCGGGCGCAUCCGUUGGGAAUAGUCCGGCGCCGCCGACGUCGAGCGGUGCACUGCUGAACCACGCCCUGCCCACCAACCACAUUAGCGCCCAGUCGCCCCAGCAGCAACAGCAGCAGCAGCAGCAGCAACAACAGCAACAGCAACAACAGCAGCAGCAGCAGCAUCAGGCGCAUCAGCAGGCUGUGGCCGCCGCAGUGCAGCAGCAGCUGGCGGGCGUGGGCGUGCCGCCGGGCGCCAUCAAUGCGGCCUCAGCGGCCAACGCGCGCGGCUCAUUCGCCGCGGCGCUGCGCACACUGGCCAAGCAGGCGGACAUCAAGGAGGAGGACGAGGCGGUCAAUGUGGCCCGGGAGCGCAAUGUGGCCACAUCCGCGGCACCACCGAUGCCGCCCAACGCCGGACCCGUACCUGUGCCGCUCAACUCGGUGGCCGGACGCGGCGGAGUCCCGUCCGCCGAGGAUCGCGUGGCGGCGAACAAGAAGCGUUCGCCGCCCUCGCCGCAGCCGCCAGAGAAAAUGGCCCGGCUGAGCCAUACGCCGCAGGCAGCUCUGCAGCCGGAGCUGCUCGCACGCAGUGGAUUCCAGCCCUACAGAUCGGAUGAGCGACUGAUGCAUCCGGCCGGUGCCUUUCCCCUGGAGGCCUACUCGCACUUUGCCGGCCUGCCCGGCAUUCCUCCAGCAGCAUUUCUGAACCCGGCGGCUGGCCUGCCCUACUCGGAUCCGCUGUACUUGGAGCAUCGCUAUCAGCUGUUUCGUGCGGCCGGCGGCCAUCACGGGCAUCCGCACGCAGCGGCGCUCUACCCCCCCAUGGCCUCACCCUACUCGCAUCUGUACUCGAUGAUGCCCGGCGCGGCGCUGGGCAUGUCGCCGGCAAUGCACGACCGCCUUAAGCUGGAGGAGGAGCAUCGGGCGCGUCUGGCGCGCGAGGAGGAGCGAGAGCGUGAAUUGCAGCGCGAGAAGGAGCGAGAGCUGCGUGAGCAGCGCGAGAAGGAGCAGCGCGAGCGGGAGCGGGAGCAGCGUGAACGGGAGCGGGAGCAGCGCGAAAAGGAGCAGCGCGAGAAGGAGCAGAAGGAGAAGGAGGCGCGCGAGCGCAAGAUGCGCGAGGAGGAGCGCGAGGCCAGGGAGCGGGAGCGCCAGCAGCUGCUGAACGCCACGCAUCACUACUCCAACCAGCUGUACGCGCCGCUCAACCGCAACCUGCUCGGCUCCAUGAUGCCGCACAUCAAUCUGGGCCUGCGCGGCCCGCCCGCCGGCCUGCACGGCCUGGCUGGCAUGUCGCACUACCACGCGGCGGCUGCCAAUGCGCAGCGCCAGAGCCCGAUGGGGCUCAAUCUGGGCAUGGCCGGCAUGCCCACUUUGCCGGGCCACGGACCCGCCAACCUGCAGCACCACCUGCAGCAGGCGGCCAUGGGCCUGGCUGCCCAUCCAGGUGCAGCUGGGCUCGCCCAUCCGGGCUUCUCGGCAGCCGCGGCGCUCGGCCUGGGCCCGCAUCCACACAGCCUCAAUCUGAGCCAUGCGCACCACUCGCCGCACCACGCGGUGCACCAGCUGCCGCCGCACUCGGUCGCCAGCUCGUCGGCUGGGCCCAGUCCCGGGGUGGUGGCCAGCAGCGCGGUGGCCACGUCAGCGUCGCCGCACAGCAGCCUCAACCUGACGGUGGCCACCAGCAGCAUGGCUCAAACCACGUCCACGCCCAGCUCGCACAUUCCGACCAUGAGCCACUACUACCACCACGGGCACCUGGCCGCCAUGCACGCCGCAGCGGCUGCCAGCGGCCUCACUCCCGUCGCCGCCCAUCAGCAGCCGCUUGGUGGCGCCGCGCAUCCGACGUCGCCGAAGAUCACGCCACCCCUAGGCUCGGCCCCCAACGGAGGCUCGCGCGCCGCCAGCAGCCCCCACGCCAUGCGACAUCACAUUGCCGCCGUUGUGGCAGCCGCUGCCCAGCAGCAGUCGCAGCAGCUGAUGGAGAAGAGCGGAGGCGCGGCACCGACGCCGCUCACGCACGAGCCGACGACGCUCGACCUGACCGGCUCCAACUCGAACUCGAGCAACCAGGCCCAGUCGAGCGCCAGCAAUAGCACCUCGGCUGCGCAUGAGCUGAACGGCAUCGAGUCCAACGGGCCCACGGACGGCAAGGAGCCCACUUCGCUGACGGUCGGCAAGGAGGAUCCACUGCAGAGUGCCACGCCCCCGGUGGCACUCGAGAAGAAGCCGGCAACGCCUAACGCCAGCGCCAGCGCCAGUCAGGAGAAAACGCUGCUGCCGGACAGCUCGCCGGAGAACUCGUCCCGCCGCAGCGCGAGUCCACCCAACGCGGACAACAACAGCAGCAGCAACGCCAACACCAACGCCACCAACAACAACAACAACUCGAGCGGCGCCACAGCCACUGGAGCGCCAACCGGCGGCUCACCAGAGGACAACAAGAGCUCGGUGCAGUCACUGGGUCGCAGCACUACUGCCGAGGAGGCAACAGCCUUAUGACAUCAGCUCUUCAGCAGCUCGAACAACUAACUAAUGAAAAACUUUGGCGAUAUUGGGAUGUAUCUCCUGUCGGAACGGGCGCUGCACCAGCAGCGCAAGCGAAUGCUCGAUGAGUUUCUAAAGCUUUAGGGUUCACGCUGGACAAUUGGCUAUAUCGCCGCCAUAUAAACGUACAUUAAUAUGCAUACCUACUAGUGUGUAAAGCCCUCUUAGCGGAUAUCACAUAUUUGUUUGUUCUCGGUGUUACAAUCUAAUGUUAAUCCAAAGUUAGCCACAAUUCCACAGACUCGAUCUAUUUGAAUGUGCGAAUUCGUGUCCAGGUCAACUACAAUUGCAUGAAAUGUAAAGUUAAUACUGUAAAAAUAUAAAUAUAAAUAUAAAUAUAAAUAUAAAUAUAAAUAUAAAUAUUGUGAGAUACUCAAUUUAAUAAUCAUAUGAUUAAUUGUAUUACAAACAAUACUUUGUCUAAUUCAAAGAACUCUGAAUGUAUGGAAAUUCACACUCUUGAACACAAUCCUUGCGAUUUAAUGAUAGUUGUACAAUUUUAGAUUAAAAAGCUCGUAAGAAAUUUAUAUAUAUACAGAACAAAAUAGAAACAGUAACAGAACUUUCAAACUGAAUAGUUAUAUUUUAUUCUUAAAUUGCUAAUAAUUGUGAUUUUGGAGAGUACGAAAAAACGUAAAGAACAAAAAAUUAUAAUGAAAACGUGUGUAUUAUGUAAAUUGAACACAAACACAAGGUGGAUAAAACGGAACUGAAAUUUAGGUAACAACAAAAAAACAAAAAAUAAAAAUAGAAAUAAAACAAAUCAAAACGUGUAAUCUGGAACGGAUUAGCAAAAAUUGCGAAAAGCUUAAAUUAUUUUUCGAAAUUUUCGAAUUUUUGUACCAUAUUAUGUGAGCAACUUUUUGGCCCUUAUAAGCGGAGUUUCUAUUUUCUAUUUUCAGUUUUUAUACAAGCAAAUUUUAUAAUAAUAUAAUUGAAACAGAUGCAGACUAACCAAGUAAUUACUUAGCCAAUAUUCAGAGCUAAGCAAAACCCUUAAGAUACCCAGCCACACCACAUUCAUUACUAUGUACCAAAAGUAUCAUUGCCAUUAUAUUUCAUUAUUAUAUAUACCCAAUCGAUGCAUACAUAUUAAGUAGCAAAUAUCUGAUAUCCAGACAAAAUUCAGACAUAACUGUAUUUAAUUUAAUUUAGGUUUCAGUUUUAGUUUAUGUUUGAGAUUGCCUAAAAAUCAUUUAUUUUUUUAAGCAUACAAAUCUCGAGCAAUCUGUGAUAUUA